AGUCGUCGCGGUCGUCGCAGAACGCAGCGUCGGGACUGCAUAAGGAAUGGUCAACGGUGGAUCCGAGUCGCCGUGGUGAGUCGCAUCGCGCGAUCCAGUCGAAAUCAGGUCGACUGGGGCGUAGUGUGAGCCAUGGAACUCCGCCGAUGUUUCCGUGAUGCGUGAGCGUCACGCCCGAAGCCUCCCCGUUUCGCUUCUCGUAUCGCAACCUACCACACCACCCUCCCUCGUUCUGUGUCUUUUGUGUGACGUGAGUGCGAGCCAUAAAAAGGAAAAGAUAUCCUCAACCCGAAAACGCGCUACCACAACUAUACGAGAGUGCAGCAGAGCGCAGUCUCGACGUCGAGUCACACACCGAUUGUACGCAGCGUGACGCAGCCCUUCCUACAAAUAAUGACGAAUGACUGAUGAACGAAUGUGAAACCGAAAGUAAGAGAUCAAGACGAUGGAUCAUCAGAUUGGCAAGAAGCAAGCGGCUAACUCGCCGGAGGUGGCGUUGGCCAGCGAGAUUUUCGACCAGUUUUGCAACGCCACUACGUUGAAAUCUAUUCUUGGCUACUACAGACAACUGUGCGAAUUGCUGAAAAUCCGACCGAACGUCAUUAAUCAGUUUUAUCCAAAGCUGAAAACAAAACUGCGAUCGUGGAAAGCGCAAGCCCUAUGGAAGAAAUUUGAUCAGCGUGCGAAUCACAAAUGUUAUAAUCGUGGCAAAGUAUGCCCGAACACGAGGGUUUUGAUCAUUGGCGGUGGCCCAUGUGGUCUGCGCACGGCCAUAGAAGCGCAAUUAUUGGGAGCCAAAGUCGUUGUGGUGGAGAAAAGAGACCGGAUGUCCAGGAACAAUGUUUUACAUCUGUGGCCUUUCGUCAUCCAGGAUCUACGAGGUUUAGGAGCAAAGAAAUUUUUCGGAAAGUUUUGCGCGGGUUCUAUUGAUCACAUCAGUAUUCGGCAGCUGCAGUGUAUUUUGCUAAAGGUUGCACUUAUUCUUGGUGUCGAGUUUCAUGAGAACGUGAGCUUUGAUUCUUUGAUUCAACCACCGGAUAAUCAGGAAGAUGGCAAAAUUGGUUGGAGAGCGAAGACUUCACCAGCUGACCAUCCUGUCUCACAAUACGAGUUCGAUGUGCUAAUUGGAGCUGAUGGCAAGAGAAAUACUCUGGAAGGUUUUAAACGAAAGGAAUUCCGAGGUAAACUAGCCAUCGCGAUAACGGCGAAUUUUAUAAACAAACGGACUGAGGCAGAGGCUCGUGUAGAAGAGAUCAGCGGUGUCGCCUUUAUCUUUAAUCAAAAGUUCUUCAAAGAAUUGUACCAAGAAACGGGUAUCGACUUGGAAAAUAUAGUAUAUUACAAAGAUGAUACGCAUUAUUUCGUUAUGACUGCCAAGAAACAUAGUUUAAUCGAUAAGGGAGUUAUCCUGCAGGAUCAUGCUGACACCGCAAAACUACUCGCGAAAGAAAACGUGGAUCGUGAGGCAUUGAUGUUGUAUGCGCGAGAAGCGGCGGAAUUCUCGACGGAAUACCAAAUGAUGGAUAUGGAAUUUGCUGUGAAUCAUUAUGGCCAACCGGACGUAGCCAUGUUCGACUUCACUUCGAUGUACGCGGCGGAAAAUGCAAGUCGCGUAUUGGAGCGUCACGGUCAUAGACUGUUCAUGACACUUGUAGGCGACAGCCUCUUGGAGCCUUUUUGGCCUACCGGUUCUGGUUGCGCGAGAGGAUUUUUGAGCUCUCUGGACGCGGGUUGGGCAAUCAAAGGUUGGGGCGCUUCUUUGUCACCACUGGAAGUAAUUGCGGAACGUGAGUCUAUAUAUAGACUGUUAGGACAAACAACUCCAGAGAACUUGAAUAGAGAUUACGCGGCAUACACAUUGGAUCCUCACACUAGGUAUCCGAAUCUCAAUGUACAUUCUGUAACUCCGAUACAAGUGCGCAGUCUUCUUGAUACGGAUGAUCCUGAAAAUAUCAAACAACCUGUGCUGCAGUCCGAGAUCGAUAUUCCAAAGAAACGAAGACGUCGCGAUCUGAGAGUUGAUACUCAAGUUCAUCCAGAUACAUUGCUUCGUUGGCUGCAGAAGCAAGUUACAUUGUACGACAAAGUUCACAUCGAAGAUAUGGGUGCCUCUUUCAAAGAUGGUUUAGCUAUUUGUGCAAUCGUUCAUAGAUACCGUCCAGAUUUAAUAGAUUUUUAUAGUUUAAAUGCGAAAGAUCCAGUAAAGAACAAUCAGCUUGCCUUUGAUAUAUUGGAAAAAGAAUUGAACAUACCACCGAUAAUGACAGGAGAAGAAAUGGUUCAGUGUGAUGUUCCUGACACACUUGUCAUGUUUUCUUAUUUAACACAAAUAUAUGAAGUUUUCAGAGGCGAGAUUCCAUAUGUCAAACAUCCAAAAUUAGAACCAGAAGCGGAGGAAUGCACCACGCAUCCAAAGCAACUAAAACAAUGGACGCCUGAGGAGAAGGCUACGAAAACACGACAUUCGCGCUCACGGCAUGCUAAUGACAAUGUACACUCUUACAUGGAUAAGAAGGACAAUACGGUUAGCCGGCGAUCUCGAAAGAGACGGAGUACCGAGAAAGUAGGCGCGACGAUGGAUGAAAGGCAGAAAAGACUCGAUGAAAUCGAAAAGCAUCGAAUUGAGCGCAUGAAGAAGCGGCAAUAUUUGCGCAAGAUGGCAACUCAGCAGUUCUACAAAAGUAUGCAGAUGCUGCAAGCCAAUGCGAAACGCGAAAAAGAUGAGCCCUUUGAGGAUUACUCGAUUUUUUUGUACCGUCAAACUGCACCAGAUUUCAAGGAUAGAGUAAAAGACUUAGAGCAGAAAAUACUUUAUCCAGACAGACAACCUAAAAUACACAUUGGUCAUCGAAGAAGUAGUGUAGACGAGGAAUUUUCGGGAAGGAUAAAAGAUUUUGAAGAUAAAUUGAAAGGGACAACAUCCGCCGAGAAAAAACCCAAAGAUCUUUUACGCGCCAUUGGUAAAAUUGAAAAAACUGACUGGAACGUAAAAGAAAUAGAGAAGAAAAUCGAAGAGAACAAGAUGGGCCGCAGCGUUCGUCACGAACAUGUAGAGAAGGUGCCAAAGUGGAGUCGCGAGCAGAUGUGUAUAUGUUUCAUUCAGUUUUUAGCUCGGCAGAUCAAGAUGGAGAAGCGAGGCAACGAUCAAAGGGACACCUACAGUAAGUACGCUGACAUAGACAAUACCCUGAAGAAUAUAGGCAAGAAGAUUCGGGAAGGUAGCGCGCUUGGAUACAAUAAAGUUUCAGCCAUGGCUGAACAAUUUUCAAAUAAAAGUCAGGAUGUGGAACCCAAGCUGCAAAAAUCGAACACUAAGCCCGCUAUCGUGUUACCUGUGCAAGGAGGUUCAGAGAUGUGUCAUUUUUGCAAUAAAAGAGUUUACCUGAUGGAAAGACUUAGUGCGGAAGGCAAAUUUUUUCACCGCGGUUGUUUCCGAUGUGAAUAUUGUUCCAUUUCAUUGAGAAUAGGGAAUCAUACAUUUGAUAGGGAAAAGAAUGGAGGGCGCUUUUACUGUACGCAACACUUUGGACUAUCGGGGACGAUGAAAACUAGAGCAGAGAAAAAGAGAAUCAACUUGGUGAAUAAGGAAAAUAUACCUAAUGCCUCGGCUGCGUUGAAAACACCAGAAAAGGCCAAAACAUCUUUAGAAGGUAUCGUUGGACUCGAUUUACUCGAUCGUGGUCAAACUCCAGAGAGAAUUGAAUUUGAAAAUCUGGCAGAAAUAUCAGAUCCUGAGGAAGCUCACAGUCAAAUGGAUGAAGAUGAAUGGACGGACAGAAAUUUUGGUGCUUCUACCGCAGAAAUAGGAUCUAGCGAUGAUAUUUCUGAUAUGAGUGAUUCUGAUGAGGAUAAUGAAGUAUUUGAAGAAGCUAUAGAUCAACCACUAACUACCGAAGGAACUCUCGAGUUGGCUAAGAACUGGACAUUACGCUAUUCGCAUCCACAUGCUACAGUCGGGCACUCUGACACUGGCAGCAACGAAUAUGAAGAUUCUAGCGAUGAAUAUACUAGUGAAGAUGAUGAAAGCGGCACUGCGACCGAAGACGAGGAAGACGUGCGCGCGCGAGAGCUCCGGAAGCAGGAAGUGUGGUUGAAGGUGCCACCGCGCAGCUCUGAUACCGAUACCGGUUCGGAAACAGAGGUUGUAUCGUCGGAAGACGCGUCGACUGAGGAGAGCGUGGAAAAUUCUGCAACCGAGAUCUCGACCGACUCUGAAUUUGAGCACGAUGAAGCGACUCCGACGCAACACGAAAUUCCCGAGAUUACAAUCAACGAUUCCUAUGUGCGGAAAACGAGAGGCGGUUAUAUUGAGCCGAAGAAAGUGCAAGUGAAGAGUAAGGUGAUCUCUUCGGUUAAUGGCAAUUUGACGCAGGACAAGAAACAACAAGAUACUAGUAAGCGAUUUUUGGGAGACCGUACUAAGAUGGAAUCGCAGAAAGAAGUCAAUUGCAACGUACCGACUUCUGUCGAAAUAGCUGCAAGUAACUGCACGCCAUUGUUGAAUCCACGAAAGGGGGAUUAUCUUUUAAAUCGUACUCAUUCCACUGGCGGAAUCGCUUCGAGGCUCUCCUUAGAAUUGAAAAAACGUUAUUUGCUGGGUGGUUCAGCGUUGGGUAGUUCCGUCGUAAAAAAAUCAGGUUCGGCAUCUAAUGUGGAUACGAAGUUGAGAAACUUUACCGAUGCAAUCUCUCAGCAUCAAAAGUUAUUAAAUCCGGCACCAGAACCUAGUCCUACCAUGCAAGCAUUUCUUCAAGGUACUAGUAAACUGCGAACCAACAAUGCACCGCUUUCUCCAUUAUCGCCUACAAUUUUAUUUUCGCGGCAAUUAUCAAUCGAUCGAUGCCGAAAUUCAACGAACGAUGUCGCGAAGGCAACGACUUUAGAGAUAGAAACACCCAAGACUCAACACUUGCCUGAUUUAGUGAAAGAAUCCAGUAUUUUGAAAUCGAAGACAGCACCCAACAUCUGCAACGAGUCUUCAAUGAAAGACAGGGGGUUAAUCGACGAACAAGUAUUUCUACAGGAAAGUAACUUUACGAAACAUGCUGUAGUAGAUAUAAAUAGCUCGGAAAAUACGAAGAAAGUUGUUCCGAACAAUGUGGAAGAAAGUAAUGAUUUUAGACCGCGUAGUCCUCUUCACGAGACGUCCAUUGUCGUGCCACAAGUGGAUUGGAGCAGAAAAAACGAGGACAAAGAUGCCAGUUCAGACGAUUCUGAGAUAGACAGUGAUUCAUUAUCUUCUUCCAAUUCUAACGAAGUAGUUGAAAACGAGCAACUUGUCGCUGUAAAUCUUUCGCCGCCCAGAUUACGGAUUCAUAGCACCGAUGGCGAUCUUUUGCUGGAUGAAGGAGGCGCUGAUCGAUAUAAGCAAUACGAUCCUGACGAUUGCCAGGCUUUCGAACCGGAUUCCAUCGAAGUCUCGUUUCUGCGGGAUCGCCGUUUACUUGAUCCAAUUGAUAAUACACAUACCGUUGAAAUGGUAAAUAAUAAUAUGGAACGAUUAGACUUGCGAGAUAACAACAGAAAGAGUAAUUGCAGCACUCCUACUUCCGAAGCUUCGGCAGUGUCUAACAAACAAGAUGAUUCCGAGGAGAACGAUAUUACCACCGCAGCAUUCACCGAGACAGAGUUUUCUGAAUGGGCUCGUGAUGGGGAGACUUUGGUCUCUGAUGAUCUUCGCGACGUAGAGCUCGAUAUCGAUCCCAGUUUCAUCACUGUACGAAAAAAUAAUAAUGCAACGCUAUCCUCCACUUUCGCCAAAAUCGCUAAAGAAGAGGAUACGGAGCUUGAUUAUUCCAAUAUCGAACAGGAAUACCCGAACAAUAAUACAUCAAAACUGUUGGUCAAUGGUGAAGAUAUUAAUUACAUGGAUACAGAUAAUGAAUCACUGCUAGAUGACAGUCUCCAAGACGCCUCCAAUAUUGCAAUGCUGAAAAAUCGAGGCUACAUCGAGUUUGUAAAUGUCAAGACGACUCUUUCCAAUGUUCCUAUUUCAACUACCAGGUGCGAUUUAUCAGUUGCUGAUGCACCAAUAGCAAGACUCGACAUGGAAAACGACUCGUACGGUGAAGAAGAAGAACAAGAAGGUUUCAAGGAUGCAAAUGUGAUUGAGAUUGAUCCAGUUACCAUGGAGGAUGUAAUGGACAAACUAAACGAGCCUAUUGUGAGUAAAUCGUCGAUAAAACCAGAAAUUCGAGCCGAGGAACAAAGUGAAGCGGAAUUUAAGCGGGAACAGUUGGCAGAAGCCUUUAAUAAAGAAUUACUUCAAUCGAUGGAAGAAGAUAGUCUGUUACUUGUGGAGCCGGCGGAGGAUACGACUACCAGCGAAGUCGUCACGGUGCUUGCCAGUCCGAUCAAUCCUCAAGUGUCUAUAGUUCCUGUAGAAACGACGGAGAAGCGCGAAGAGUCAACCAAGGCGGACUCGAGCAAUCCGGACUAUCUGGAAUACGUAAAGAGAUUGCAAUCUAGAAUCGCAGAGUUCAGUAAUGCCAAAGAUUCUAUUGACGUGAGAAAAUCGAGACGAAAAAACUCAAAAAGCUUGAUACAGACCCGCACCGCAGAAAUGAUCGCUGAAGAGAUCAAGUGCCAAGAAACAAUGACUGUAAACAGUAACGGUAUCAAUUCACCAGCGACUUCGAGAAAACUUGAAGAAAUUACGAAAGAACGAUCGAAGCAAAAGAACCUUAUUCAGGAUCUUUUAAUGGAUAAACUCGAGGCUCAUAAACAAAAAUCAGCGGAAAAAAAAGCUCGAAGAGCUGCCAGAACCUCGUCUUUUACCACAGCGUUAUCGCCAAUAAAACCAUCGUUGUCUAAUAUUUCUUCCGUUGGUAAUAAUAAGUUUGUGCCUACUUCAAUAAUAUCACCAAUGAGCAGUCCAACUUAUACAACAUUCGGGAAGUCGAAUAAGUCGUUGAAACUUUCGAUGUCUUCGUACUCUUGUGAGCAUUCCGAUCAAGAAGAAGCCAAAGAAAAAAUUCCAAAGAAGGCGGACGAAAAGUUGACUGUUGCUAGUCUGGAGGAUACUUUUAAAACGCCACUUGCACCACCAAGAUUGAAGAGCGAGGAAGCGAGGAGGACCGCCGAAAAGGCCAGACAAGAUGCUCGAGAACGAGCUAGAAUGAAGAGUGAUGAAGAUUUAGGCUUAAGUCCUGAAGAUAGAAUUAAGGAAUUAAGAAUGAAGGUGACUCGGAGACAACUCUCAAUGGACGAUACGAAAAAGGACGAUACGCCCAAGACCGAAAGAGUCAAAUCGUACAACUUUAAUACAGUAGAUAAUUCAGAAUUGAAAUUGAAAAUUAGUAAAAGUACCGACAAUAUGAAGAGCAUUGCAAAAAAGAUCAAUUUCCAAAAACUACCAGCAGCUAGUGCGAAAUCGAUGGAUGAGUCGCUGAAUACUGCAGGUUUAUCACUUUCUGAUAGCAAUAGUUUUGUAGUCAAAAGGGACAAAAAGAAGCCGAAAGACUCGGAGAGAAGAAAAAGUAUCAUACAAGCGGUAUCGGAUUUCUUUUUUAAGAAAGAAACAAGUCCAUCGCCAAAUCAGAAGGAUAAGUUAUCAAUGUUUCGAUUGACUUCAAAAUCUAAAGGAAAAAUUGAUAAAAAUACUCCAUCGAAAUGCGACGCGAGACCUAAAAGUGUAUGUGAGGAAAUGCUUGUAGGAAAUUUCCUCACUGAAAGUCCACCGCCUGUACCACCGCCACCGCUUAACUACUCUUCAUACACUCAAGUGUCUGAUGACAGUUUAUCAGACGACGAUACCAAAACAACUGCUUUAUCAUCGUCGUGCAUGCAAAAAAUUACAGCAACUGAAGAAUCAUGCAAUAGUGUUUCACGUAAAUUGAAGACUGCUAAAAAAGUAGCUAGACAAGCGCAAUUAAAAAGAUUGCGGAUGGCUCAAGAAAUACAAAGGAAAUUAGAGGAAACUGAAGUAAAACAAAAGGAAUUGGAGAGCCGGGGCGUAAGUGUUGAGAAAGCGCUGCGUGGUGAAGGAGAUUCCUCCAAUCGUGAAGAAGCCGAUUUGCUUAGAGAAUGGUUUGAUCUUAUGAAGGAACGUACGGAAUUGCGUAGAUAUGAAAAAGAACUUCUUGUACAUGCGCAAGAGGUACAAUUGGAAGAUCGUCAUGAACGAUUGCAACAAGAAUUGCGUGAACGUUUGGCUGAUGAUGAUGAUAAGAAGACCAGUGACGACGUUAAAAAAGAAGGUGAAAUCUUAACGGAAAUGUUGGAAAUAGUAGCAAAAAGAGAUUCCUUAAUUGCUCUAUUAGAAGAAGAACGACAAAGAUAUCAGAACGAAGACCGCGACCUCGAAGCUCAAAUGUUGGCUAAAGGCCUGAGAUUAACGCCAAUUAAGAAAUGUGGUCCUAAGUAUUCAGUCUAAAGAAGAUAUUACGCUUCUGUACAUACAUUCUCCGCUACAAUUUUUUUAUCACAUGAUAACACCAGAAGAAAGUUAUAUAUAAAUAUAUGUAUACUUAUAUAAGAUUGUAAAUAUUUUAAUUGACAAAGGAAUUUGAAAAAGAUUGGGGAAACUCGUAUGCCUAGAAUAUUUCUGCCCAUUUUCAGUAUAUUCAAUAUUUAAUAAACAUAUCUUUUUUACAAACAUAA